CAUCAAUCUAUCGUACUAAACCAACCAUACCAACCAAGUAAACAAAAUGGCCGCCUACGCCGGAGGACUUACCAACGGUCGCCCGUCAGCUGUGCGAUCCCGCAACAUUGCCCUCUUUAGCAUCGUCGGGAUGAUCACCGGCGGAUGGAUGCUCUUCCGUGCCCAAUCUCCCAAUAAGGAAGACAAGCUAUAUUCGCAAAAAGACCUCCAGACGAUGGUUGGAGGCCAGACGGGAGAGAAUCGAGUUGGUCGUGCUCCGAGUCAUCAGAAUAGGGAUUGAAUUUAUCCAUUUGAGGGGGUGUAUAAUGAGGGUUGAAUGGUGUAUAGGGUGGGUAUGAGUGGCGUAUGGUGUUCAUUCUUCUUCUGAUAUAUUAAGUAUUAUGGACUUUUGUAUAGUAAUCACAGUAUCAAAUACAC